AUUGCUUUUUAUUUGCUUAUCGUUGAUUUUCAGACCUAAAUGAUAUCGUGAGAAAUUAUUUAAGAAGUUUAAAAGACUUCACGAAGAAUGUAUAUCGAAUUACACUCGAGAAAACACGAAGCACUUCAAGGCGAUGACGUGAAUUGGUUGAACACGAAAGAGGUUAACGUUGUAGUUUCUACAUCAGCUUUGUUUAGUUGCCUUUUAAUGACCUACAUAGAGAAAUAAAGUAUGUAUGUAAGUAGUAUUAACGGAUUAAAGAUAAAUUUCUGCAACAAAAUAUGGUUUGAUCGAUUAAAGUAGCCCUGGCCCGUUUUACCUCCUUCCRUAAAAUCAACAUGUGAGCAGCGUGUAUGGAGCGAAUUACCUCACAGACGAGCCUAGCCUGCCUAGAGGUGAAGGCUAAGACGAGCCCUAUGCCUGGAGUGAUGCUCGUAAAACAUAAGACGGGCCAUGCUAACAGAUUCACUAGUUUGAAUACACUUGUAAGAAAUAAAAGAGUAGUAACACAAGCACAGUAACAGUACAAUGAAAGGAAACAACUAUAAAAACAAAACUGUCUUUUUUCUAUUUUUUCCUCUAGCUCUUUGCUUUCCUUGGUGUUAUAAAUUGUUUGCUGYGCUAAAUAUCAUAACAUAUUGCAAUGCUCAUAGUAUUAGUACUAACACUACUCAAAUUGCCCUGUGUCAUUUGGUGACCCCUUUUUUCAUCGGACAACGUCUUCUUUUCGUGACGUCAAGACCUGAGAAGCACCGGUAUAUACCUGACUCCAUCUUUCCAAAUUGUCAUGGGUUCGCGUGUUUGGUGUUUACAUAGCGGGAUUUUAUCAACGCCCAAACGUUUAGAUACUUGCUAAGAUACCAGCAAGCUAAGGAUAUCAUCCAAUAAGACAAAGUGUCUUAAAUCAGACCUUCGUGGAAUAGCUGUGGAGAUCUGUCUAUGAGAUAGGGGAUCACUGCAUCUGUGCAUCAUGUACAACGUUGCAGAGUCUUUGAUUCAUCACGUUAAAAUCCGACAGGCUGACCACCACAUCGUGAUCAGGCUAAAGAUUCGUUUCGAUGCAAUGGAACGACCAAGAAGAAACAACAACGGUCUAGACGUGUCAGAUAUUAAUGAGCUGCUAUUACGGCAAAAAGAUGUUACUGAAGAAAGUGAAGAAAAACAAGACGAACCAUUGCCCAAAUAUGGAUCUGCUGAUGAGUUUUAUGAUCUAGAAGAAGAGAUAGGAAAAGGAGCAUAUGGAAUCGUUAAAAAGUGUAUCGACAAGCGUACGAAGCAAGAAUGUGCUGCAAAGAUCGUAAAGACGUCGAAUUCUAAAGUGCGGAAAGAAACAAUGCGAGAAAUUGAACUGAUGAUUAAACUUGAAUCUCACGAAAAGUUAGUGGCUUUACUGGACGCCUAUCACACGCCGUUUGAAAUCGUUAUGAUUCUAGAACUUGUAUCUGGAGGUGAGUUAUUUGAGAGAAUCGUAGAGGAAGACUACCUGAUGGAGGAAGAUGCUAUAGAUUAUGUUCAUCAAGUACUGCAAGGAUUAAAGUACAUGCACAGCAAAAAUAUAGUACACUUGGACCUUAAGCCAGAAAACAUUCUUUGUGUCAGCAAAGACUCUAUGAACAUCAAGCUGGUCGACUUUGGUUUGGCACAACAACUGAAAGAGGAUGAAGAUGUCAAAUCUUCGUACGGAACCCCCGAUUUUGUUGCUCCUGAAGUGAUUCGGAUGAAACCCAUUACAAAAGCAAGUGAUCUUUGGAGUCUUGGGGUAGUUACUUACGUAUUAUUAAGUGGUCUCAUGCCAUUUUCUGGAGACAACGAUAAAGACACUCUUAUCAAAGUGGCAAAGGCGGAUUGGGACUUUGAUGAUGAUUGUUUUGAUGAGUUGUCGGAAGAAGCCAAGGAUUUCAUUGAAGAUUUGCUGCAAAAAGAACCCAGUGAACGCCUAACUAUAGAGGAGUGUCUAGUACAUCCAUGGAUUGUGAAUCAAAAAAAAGUAGCGAACAAAAUCGAUACCGUAAAACAUAAAUCGUUCCUGGCUAAAAGAAGAUGGAAAAAAUCCAUCAACGCCCUUGUGGCUGUACGGCGUAUCUCUUCCUUGUUACCUGGCCUAACUAACCGUAGGCCUUCCAUGGAUUCUGCCAUCGAAGCUGCCAGAAAGGCAGGAGCUCUUCAUGAUUCUGAAGAAAGAAAAAAUUCUGUACCAACUACGUUCCCUAUAAGAAAAGGAGACGAGAAGAAAAAUGGACUUUGCGUUGAUGGCGAGAAACUUCUUGAUGUUAGGCGACCGAGAUCUAGCACAGUGGGUGGCGAAAAACAUCUCACCGUAGAUGGAAGUCAGGGCACUUUUAGCUUGGCGAAAGAGGAUAAGAUCAAAAAAGAAAUAAAUAAUAAUGAUUCAAGAACUCGUAGCGGUUCGUUGCAGCAAAAUUUAUUGAGUGGCAAAUCAAAAAAGGAGUCCCCAUUUCCAGUGCCUCAUGAAGAAAUUGUCUUAAAGAUCAACUCUAAGGAUCUGCAUUCAAGCACAAAUUACGAAAGGAGUACGAAAGGUCUUGAUCUUGCGAUCACUGAGGCCAAAACUGCGAAUAUGAGUCACUUACCCAAUGAGRUGACUGUACGAUUAAAUAGUAAUUUGAAUCCCGAUGAUAAUGAUACAAUUCCAUCGAUUGUAUUAAAUGACGAGGAUUGUCCUCUCUCACCAGAUAUCGCAUCUCCAAGAAAAAAUUCCUCAGAAAAUUUCUUCAUGUCCCACGAAACAAUCGUGGAUAGCUCAUCGUAUAUUGUAGACUCGUGGUCUAUUCGUGAAUCACGGCAGCAUACGAACGCUGAACAUCGAAAUAAUCCAGAUUCUUCCAAGGUGUGUACUAUACGCACGGUAGAUCAGAAAGGACAAACAAUUACGGUAAAGCUUGAUGGCUUCAGUUCAGUUGAACUACCAGCGAACAAAUCAACAUGUAGCCAAAUGAGAAGGGCAUCCACUGGAUCAGAGGCAAUUGAAUUUUUUCAGCCUAAGAUAAGUUCAGGCUAAAAUCAGAAAUUACUGGGAAAUUUUUUUUUGCACAGUCAAAUACCGGUACGUACACCUGCUUGACCAGAGGUUUGAAAACUAAAAGGCCUUGGAAUGUAGCUGCAAAUGAUUGCCAGGAAAAGUGAUCUAAAACUUGGAGUCUCCAGUUGAUGUUGAUAUCACUUUAUAUCUGACAGAAGGGUUCUACUGUAAGACUAUACUAUAAUUUAGUGUUGCUCUCUUAUCAGGGGCACCCAAACACUAAACACUAUAUUAGUGAUAUAUUGUAAAAUAUAUAUUAUUUGGAUAUUAUCAGAAUUAUUGRACAUACAAGUAUAUUAUAUGCGCCAAAUUAUCUAUAAUUAUUUUGUUUUGCGUGCUACAAACUUAAGAACGUUAUAUGCCUUGGCCUUGAUUUAGUCAAGUCUAUGAAAAUCCUAGCGCAGAUUGUCUCGAAUGAGAAAUAGCUAUUAUUGUACUGACAGGUGAGACUGCAAUAGAGAGUAAAUUGAGGUACAAUUUAUAACAAUCUGAAACCAGUUGACUAGUUAACAUUAGUGGAAGGAAGUGGUUUAUAGUAGUAGUAACACUUUAUUUCAAGAGGGGACCGUAAUUACAGAAAACUGUACUCUCCCUUCGUAUUAGUUGUCCUCCAAAUUGAGCUGCGUUGGGAGCUGCUGCAAGGAGUCUGUAGGCAAUUAACGUUCUUGAAUAUCGAAAUUACCCAUCACUGUUUAAGUGACUCUAGCUUCUAUUAAUACUUACCGACUUUAAAUUAGCUCGCCCUAGCUCAAAAUAGUUGAAUUGAACCCACGCGCGCUAGAUUGCAAAAAAAUUGCUGUUAAGAAAUAGAAAUAAACUGACGAUAUGUUUAAAAGAA